UUCUAUUAAUAUAUCCAUGGCAUAACUUGGGGAAUUUCAUCCAUUUUUUUUUUCUAGGCAAGACAUAGGCAUAUGUAGAAAUUAUACAGUUUGUGUAAUGCAUGGCCAUGGUUACAGUGAUUAUGUGGAUUACCUAAACAAAAAACAUGAUCAUAAUGAAAAGAUAAAUGUUAUUAAUAUAUACAGAUAUGUAAUUUUAUUUUUUAUUUUUUUUUCUUGAGAUGUAUAACUUUCUAAACACUUUUUAUCUGUUGAUGUGAUUGUCAGUCUUUCUGUAUUGAUAUGUAUGUAUUUUAUAAAUGUAAUCAUACCAUAAAUCUCAUAACCUCCUUUUUCUAUUGAGUAUAUCUUAUUUCCCUAAGUUAGCAUGUACUCAUUGCAUGAUGUUCCGUGUCAUGAAUAUUACUGAUAUAUGCAUUGGAAAGUCAGCUUUUUGGGUUCCUGAUGAAUUCUUUAUACAUCCUGUCCAGCUCCCAUGUCUUGAUCAACUUCCUUCAGUCCUGAACCCAUGAAGGACAUUCUAGCUUGGACCAUGACAGGUAUUCCUGAGAGGUAGGAAUGGAAAGAGGAUGAUCUGAUCUCCUGGGCAGGACUGAAUUGUCAGAUCCCAGGUCCAGAUUCACAUCCUCAGAACCAGACACUGCCAGAAACCUCCCUGCUGAAGAACUUUGGGGUUUAGGUGGAAGUUUGGAUUCCAUAAAUGGCACGUGGGGUGUGUAGCAGAAGCAGGCAUGGAGAAGAUAAGAUCUUCUAUUAGCGUAAGUCAGGAUGGGAUCACUGAGGCACGCCUGGUUUAACACUUCGUUUUCCCUCCCCAGUUCUGGCUUUUCUGGAUUCUGUGCUUCACCAAUAGAGGAAUCCCAUGGAGCAUUAAUUAGUUCUUGCAAUUCCAGAACCAUGACUGAUGGGUUGGUGACAUUCAGGGAUGUGGCCAUCGACUUCUCUCAGGAGGAGUGGGAAUGCCUGGACCCUGCUCAGAGGGACUUGUACGUGGAUGUGAUGUUGGAGAACUAUAGUAACUUGGUGUCACUGGAUUUGGAGUCAACAACAUACGAGACCAAAAAAAUAUUUUCAGAAAAGGAUAUUUUUGAAAUAAAUUUUUCCCAAUGGGAGAUGAAGGAAAAAAGUAAAACCCUUGGCCUUGAGGCAUCCAUCUUCAGAAAUAAUUGGAAGUGCAAAAGUAUAUUCGAGGGACUAAAAGGAUGUCAAGAGGGAUACUUCAGUCAAAUGAUAAUCAGCUAUGAAGAAAUACCCUCUUACAGAAAAAGUAAAUCUCUUACUCCACAUCAAAGCAUUCAUAAUACAGAGAAACCCUAUGUUUAUAAGGAACGUGUGAAUGCUUGCAGUCAUGGCUCAAAACUUGUUCAACACAAGAGAACUCAUACAGCUGAAAAACACUUUGAAUGUAAAGAAUGUGGGAAGAAUUAUUUAAGUGCCUAUCAACUCAAUGUGCAUCAGAGAUUUCAUACUGGUGAGAAACCCUAUGAGUGUAAGGAAUGUGGGAAGACCUUUAGUUGGGGAUCAAGUCUUGUUAAACAUGAGAGAAUCCAUACUGGUGAGAAACCCUAUGAAUGUAAAGAAUGUGGGAAGGCCUUUAGUCGUGGCUAUCACCUCACUCAACAUCAGAAAAUUCAUAUUGGUGUGAAAUCUUAUAAAUGUAAGGAAUGUGGGAAGGCCUUUUUUUGGGGCUCAAGCCUCGCUAAACAUGAGAUAAUUCAUACAGGUGAGAAACCUUAUCAAUGUAAAGAAUGUGGGAAGGCCUUCAGUCGUGGCUAUCAACUUACUCAGCAUCAGAAAAUCCAUACUGGUAAGAAACCUUAUGAAUGUAAAAUAUGUGGAAAAGCUUUUUGUUGGGGCUAUCAACUUACUCGACAUCAGAUAUUUCAUACUGGUGAGAAACCCUAUGAAUGUAAGGAAUGUGGGAAGGCUUUUAAUUGCGGAUCAAGUCUUAUUCAACAUGCAAGAAUUCAUACUGGUGAGAAACCUUAUGAAUGUAAAGAAUGUGGAAAGGCCUUUAGUCGUGGCUAUCACCUUUCUCAACAUCAGAAAAUUCAUACUGGUGAGAAACCUUUUGAAUGUAAGGAAUGUGGGAAGGCCUUUAGUUGGGGUUCAAGCCUUGUUAAACAUGAGAGAGUUCAUACUGGUGAGAAAUCCCAUGAAUGUAAAGAAUGUGGAAAGACCUUUUGUAGUGGGUAUCAACUUACUCGACAUCAGGUAUUUCAUACUGGUGAGAAACCCUAUGAAUGUAAGGAAUGUGGGAAGGCUUUUAAUUGUGGAUCAAGUCUUGUUCAACAUGAGAGAAUCCAUACAGGGGAGAAACCUUAUGAAUGUAAAGAAUGUGGGAAGGCUUUUAGUCGUGGCUAUCACCUUACUCAACAUCAGAAAAUUCAUACCGGUGAGAAACCUUUUAAAUGUAAGGAAUGUGGGAAGGCCUUCAGUUGGGGUUCAAGCCUAAUUAAGCAUGAGAGAGUGCAUACUAAUGAGAAGACUUAUGGAUGUAAAGACUGUGGGAAGGCCUUUGGUAGUGGCUAUCAACUUAGUGUUCAUCAGAGAUUUCAUACUGGUGAGAAGCUUUAUCAAUGUAAGGAAUUCGGGAAGACCUUUACUCAUGGCUCAAAACUUGUUCAUGAGAGAACUUGUAAUGAUAAACCCUACAAAUAUAAAGAAUGUGGGGAAGCCUUUCUGUGGACAACUUACUCAAAUGAGAAAAUUGAUACCGAUGAAACCUUAUGAUUGAAAGUUGUAACAGAACAUUUUGUGUGUGUUUACAGACAACUCAUCAUAAUAAGAACUCUUACUCUUGAGAAACCUUGUGAAUGUAAGGGAUGUGCAAAAGCCAUUUGUUUCUGUGUAUGGACAAUUAUCUUGCUAUCCAGCAAUUCAUACUAGUGAGAAAUAUUCUGAAUAUAACUAAUAUGAAAAGGCCUUUAGACUUCUGUACAGUCUUAUUGGAUAUCAAUUUAUACUGAUGUAAAAUCAUUUAAAUGUAAA